UAAACCUCACGGAAAGCAAGGAUCACCAACAACUCGUACUACUACGCCUGAACCACACGUUACUGGAAUGAUCAGAUCUAUAGCGUUUCUUUUUCUCAUACACCUGGCGUUGGUGUUAUGUGAGGAAGGCAACCCCUGUUGCUCGCAACCUUGUCAGAACCGGGGAGUAUGCACAGCACUGGGCAGUGGUGCCUAUGAGUGCGACUGUACCAGGACAGGAUACUACGGCCAGAACUGCACAACUCCCGAGUUCUCCACCUGGUUGAAAGUGACUCUGAAGCCCUACCCAAACACGGUCCAUUACAUCCUUACUCACUUCAAAGGACUAUGGGCUAUCAUCAACAAAAUCCCGUUCUUGCGGGAUGGCAUCAUGCGUUAUGUUUUAACAUCCCGGUCACAUUUGAUUGAAAGUCCUCCAACCUAUAAUUCAGAGUACGAUUACAAAAACUGGGAGGCUUAUUCCAACCUUACCUAUUACACACGAACCCUCCCUCCGGUACCGCGGGAUUGCCCAACACCUAUGGGAGUUGUGGGCAAAAAGGAGCUGCCUGAUGCUAAACAGCUGGCGGAGAAACUGCUGCUGAGGAGGCACUUCAUCCCGGACCCACAGCGCUCCAACCUUAUGUUCGCCUUCUUCGCCCAGCACUUCACACACCAGUUCUUCAAGAGCGACAUGAAGAAAGGGCCAGCGUUCACGCGCGCCGUCAACCAUGGGGUGGACUUGGGUCACAUCUAUGGGGAAGACCUGGCGAGGCAGCACAAGCUCAGACUGUUUAAGGGUGGAAAGCUGAGGUAUCAGGUGGUGGAUGGUGAGGUGUACCCUCCCCUGGUCAGCGAGGUGGGUGCAGAGAUGCACUACCCUCCCCAUGUGCCCGAGUCUAAGCGCCUGGCUGUGGGCCAUGAGGCCUUCGGCCUGGUGCCUGGUCUGAUGAUGUACGCCACCAUCUGGCUGCGCGAGCACAACCGAGUCUGCGAGGUUCUCCAGGAGGUCCACCCCGACUGGGACGACGAGAGACUCUUCCAGACCACGCGUCUCAUUCUCAUCGGCGAGACCAUCAAGAUUGUGAUCGAGGACUAUGUGCAGCACCUGAGUGGCUACCACUUCAAGCUCAAGUUCGACCCAGAGCUGCUCUUCAACCAGCAGUUCCAGUACCAGAACCGCAUCGCGUCCGAGUUCAACACGCUCUACCACUGGCACCCGCUCAUGCCCGAGGACUUCCACAUCGAGGAGGAGGUCUACUCCUACAAGCAGUUUGUCUUCAACACCUCCAUCCUCACCGACCACGGUGUCAACCAACUGGUCGAGUCCUUCACCAACCAGAUCGCAGGCAGGGUGGCUGGAGGCAGAAAUGUACCUGCUGCCGUUUUGAUGGUGUCUAUCAAAUCCAUUGAGAACAGCCGUCAGAUGCGUUACCAGUCCCUCAACGCCUACAGGAAGCGUUUCAACAUGAAAGCCUAUACCUCCUUUGAAGAUCUUACAGGUGAAACAGAGAUGGCUGCCGAGCUGAAAGAGAUGUAUGGGCAUGUGGACGCUGUGGAGCUCUACCCUGGCCUGCUGGUGGAAAAGCCCCGGGCCAACGGCAUCUUUGGGGAGACCAUGGUGGAGAUGGGGGCCCCCUACUCGCUGAAGGGGCUCAUGGGAAACCCCAUCUGCUCUCCAGAGUACUGGAAGCCCAGCACAUUUGGCGGCCAGGUGGGCUUCCAGAUCGUCAACAGCGCUUCGCUGCAGCGGCUGGUGUGUAACAACGUCAAAGGGCCCUGCCCUCUGGCGUCCUUUAACGUGCCUGAUGUAAAAGAUGCUGGAUCGGCCACCAUCAAUUCCAGCACUGCACACGCAGCCACCAGUGACGUCAACCCAACUGUCAUUAUCAAAGAGAGAACGUCUGAGCUCUGAAAAAAAGCUGAAUAACUGGAAUCUACUGGAUGUGUAUUUUAUUAUUAUUUAUUGUAAUAUUUAUUGAUUUUUAUUUAUUGUUUAUUUAUUAAUUCAACUGUCACAAAUGGGGCCGUGUGUGUAUGUGUGUGUGUGUGUGUGUGCGUGUGUGUGUGUGUAUGCGAUUUGUUCUGACAUAUAUUUAUAUAAUUUAAAAUGUUGUUAUAUUUUGUUUUGUCCUGUUUAGCAGCACUGCUCUUUAAGUUGUUUGCGUUGUUUGCAAAGCUCAUUGGUUGUUAAUUAAUGCAUACUUGAAUCUAAAUUCUUAGUUUACGGUACAAUGAUGCUUUCAACCGUGCAAAUAAAUUGUAACACAGUUGUA